AUGGAUCCCUCCUGGAAGGUGAUGAAUCUUGCCUCCUUCUCAGCAGCUUUAAUAGUUCUGAUCUUUGCUUGCCCGUGCAAAGGUUUGCGGAGCCAGAAUUUGGAAUUCAACCUGACAGUUCCUGCCUCUGUCUCUGUGCAGCAUGGCCUCUGCGUCCACGUUCCCUGCAACUUCACGUAUGAUCAACGUUACAGGACCAGUAACGGGACACUCUAUGGUUACUGGUUUCAGAAAAAUUAUGGAGAAAUACACAAAUUUUACAAGAGCGAUUACCACACUGUUCGAGGUAUUCUUGUGGCCACAAAUGACAAGAGCCAGACACUCAGGCCAUCUGUGAAUGGCCGUUUCCAGUUAACAGGCAAUCCGGAGGGAGGCGAUUGCUCCUUCAGCGUCCUUGAUGCCAAGUCAGAGGACACAGGGGAGUACUACUUUCGAAUUGAAGACAACGAUCUAAGAUACAGCUAUGACAGUAACCCAGACCGAACUCAAAGGCCAGUCGAAGUUCUCGUGCCAGAGUUUACAGAGAAACCACAGAUACAGAACUCAUCUGCGGUACUUUCUGGGAAGGAAGCCGUUUUUACCUGUUCAGUGCCAGGGCCCUGCACUAAGAAUGAGCCCUCAUUUUCGUGGAUAACCAGUCUGAAAGGACAAAGAUCACAUGUAUGGAGUCUACAGCACAGCAAUGGCAGCUGGACUUACGGGUCCAACUUCACCUUUACACCCUUCCUAAAAGAUCAGGGACGAUCACUCAUCUGCCGGGUCUGGUACCCUAAUAUAUGGAAAGAAGUUGAGAACGCCAUCCAUAUUGACAUUGCUGAUCCACCCAAGACUGUCGAAAUCUCCACAAAUGCUACAAAACAGGAGCAUCUUGCUUUUUGCCCACCAGAUUCCACGGUGGUCCAAGAAGGCGAAAGCAUCAGCCUGCACUGUAAGGCAGAGAGCAGACCUGACCCCACCCUGAGCUGGACGAAGGGGAGCAAGACCCUCAACAGCAGCAGGCAGGGCGAGGAGCAAGUUCUCUUGCUGUUGGAUGUCAGAGCGGAGGAUGACGGGAAGUAUCAGUGCCGGGCAGAGACUCCACACGGCUCAGCCAACAAGACCCUCUACUUGUGUGUGCUGUAUGGUCCCAGGCUCAGCAGCGACCACUCCACGAGCACGUGUUGGCAAGAGGACAAUAGUCUCCGCUGCAACUGCUCUCUGAACUCCUGGCCCCCUCUCCAGAUCCAGUGGGAAGUAGACGGGCAGACCCUCAGUGAGAACAGCGGCCCAGGGACCCCGGAGGUCACUUCCAGGUCCCAUGAGAAUGAGAUUACCAGCUCUCUGAGCUGGGCAACAGGGAAGCUAGACGAGAGCCAUAAUGUCAUUUGCCGUGGGGCAAAUAAUUUGGGGACCUACGCUUUGCACUUUCUAGUCUUUCCCCCCACAAAAUGGAACCAUGCAAGUUUUGUCAUUGCUGGGCUUUGUGGAGCUUUGGUGGCUAUCAUCCUUUGCAUACUUGGCCUCGUCCUGAUGAAGUUUUAUAAGCAGAGGAAAGCGAAAGCAUCUUCGAAACCUGGUGAUGUGGAAGUUCUGAAUUCUGCCAACGGGGGGCACCAGAGAGCCAAUGACGGCAGCCUGAUCUAUUGCAAUUUCCCCCCACUCCUUUUCUUCCAGGGUCAAAAAUCACCCCGUGUCGACCAAUCCAAAGCAGCCAGAGAGAGAAUUUCUACAUCCUUCCCCCGAGUUCCCAGUUUAAGCAUCGCUGAGCCGGAAGAGCUGCAUUAUGCCACCCUGGAGUUCUCCAAGCUGAAAGCCAAACAAGCAACAGUUCCAGAGGAGUUUGUGGAAUAUACAGCCGUCAAGCAGAAAUAA